AAGUUGACACUCUCAAAACAACGUACUAAUAAGUAUAUAACGUCUAAGACUCUCGGACGUGGUCCUUAGGCUACCGACAACGACAACGACAACGACAACGACCCGUACUUCCCACGCCGCGAGUCGCCGAGUUUGCGCGGUCUUGAAGCGCAGUGGUAUAUAAGCAACCCUGGGUUGGGUCCGAUUUCUCCCCCUCCCUCAUGUUUUUCAUUUCCCAAACGCCGUGCUUUGAUUAACGGACUCCCACUCCGACUCUCUGGCCUUCCCAGACACAGAGAGCCCGGACCACCCUUCUUCUUUCUCUCUCUCUUCUCUACACCCUUGAAGGAGCUCAUUGAAAUCCCACUGUUGAAUUUGGUCCACAAGAAAUUGGGAGGCCCAAAUGGCUUGGACGGAUAAAGAUGGUUGUAAUGGGAAAGAAGGGGACCCAGUUGUAGAAAAUGGAUUCUUGAACUGUUCACAGCCUUCUCCUAGUACCAGUGGCUCUCUUCUUGCUGGUGCAACUCCCGAAGGGGGGAAGAGUUUUGAAGUGAAAGAGUCGAUUUCUUAUGCCAACAUUCUUCGUUCAAGGAACAAGUUUUCUGAUGCUCUUAGUCUUUACGAGACUGUGUUGGAGAAAGAUGCCGGAAAUGUGGAAGCUCAUAUUGGGAAAGGAAUAUGCUUGCAAAUGAAGAAUAUGGGAAGGCCUGCUUUUGACAGUUUCAUGGAGGCCAUCAAGUUGGACUCAGAGAAUGCAUGUGCCCUCACGCAUUGUGGUAUUUUGUACAAAGAUGAGGGCCACCUAAGGGAGGCUGCUGAGUCGUAUCAAAAGGCUCUGAAUGCAGACCCUUCAUACAAACCCGCUGCUGAAUGCCUAGCCAUUGUAUUAACAGAUCUUGGAACUAGUUUAAAGCUUGCUGGCAACACUCAAGAUGGAUUGCAGAAGUAUUAUGAAGCUUUGAAGACAGAUCCACACUAUGCUCCUGCUUAUUAUAACCUUGGUGUUGUCUACUCUGAAAUGAUGCAAUUUGACACGGCGCUUACUUGCUAUGAGAAGGCUGCAUUGGAGAGGCCGAUGUAUGCUGAAGCAUAUUGCAACAUGGGCGUUAUUUACAAAAAUCGUGGCGACUUGGAGUCUGCUAUUACUUGUUACGAGAGGUGUCUAGCUGUUUCGCCAAACUUUGAGAUUGCAAAGAAUAAUAUGGCAAUAGCCUUGACAGAUUUAGGAACAAAGGUUAAAUUGGAGGGAGAUAUCGAUCAAGGCAUAGCAUAUUACAAGAAGGCUUUGUAUUAUAACUGGCACUAUGCUGAUGCUAUGUACAAUCUUGGGGUUGCUUAUGGUGAAAUGCUUAAGUUUGACAUGGCAAUUGUGUUCUAUGAACUUGCUUUCCACUUCAAUCCCCAUUGUGCAGAGGCGUGCAAUAAUUUGGGAGUAAUAUACAAAGACAGAGACAACCUUGAUAAAGCAGUGGAGUGUUAUCAGAUGGCUUUGUCAAUCAAACCAAACUUCUCACAGUCAUUGAACAAUCUUGGAGUUGUCUACACUGUUCAGGGUAAGAUGGAUGCUGCUGCAAGCAUGAUUGAGAAAGCUAUAAUUGCAAAUCCCACAUAUGCAGAAGCAUAUAACAACCUAGGUGUUCUUUACAGAGAUGCUGGCAAUAUUUCUAUGGCUAUUGAUGCAUAUGAGCAAUGCCUUAAAAUAGAUCCUGAUUCACGAAAUGCAGGCCAGAACCGAUUGCUUGCAAUGAACUACAUUCAUGAAGGACAAGAUGAUAAACUUUUUGUGGCUCACAGGGACUGGGGUAGACGCUUUAUGAGGCUAUUCUCACAGCACACUUCUUGGGACAAUCUAAAAGAUCCAGAACGACCCUUAGUGAUUGGAUAUGUAUCUCCCGAUUAUUUUACUCACUCUGUAUCAUAUUUUAUAGAAGCUCCUCUUGCCCACCAUGAAUAUGCAAAAUACAAAGUGGUUGUUUAUUCUGCAGUUGUGAAGGCAGAUGCUAAGACUAUCAGGUUUAGGGAGAAAGUCUUGAAAAAGGGUGGGAUCUGGAGAGAUAUUUAUGGGAUUGAUGAAAAAAAAGUCGCAAGCAUUGUUAGGGAAGAUAAGAUUGAUAUCUUGGUGGAACUUACUGGUCAUACUGCUAACAAUAAGUUGGGAACAAUGGCAUGCCGGCCUGCACCUGUUCAGGUUACUUGGAUUGGUUACCCAAACACAACUGGUUUGCCAGCGAUUGAUUAUAGAAUCACAGAUUCACUGGCAGAUUCUCCUGAUUCAAAGCAGAAGCAUGUUGAGGUGCUAGUUCGAUUACCAGAAUGCUUCCUUUGUUAUGCACCUUCCCCUGAGGCAGGGCCUGUUUCCCCUACUCCAGCUCUUUCCAAUGGCUUUAUUACAUUUGGAAGUUUUAAUAAUCUCGCAAAGAUCACACCAAAAGUGCUGCAAGUUUGGGCAAGAAUUCUCUCAGCAAUUCCAAAUUCUCGCCUUGUAGUAAAAUGUAAGCCCUUUAGUUGCGAUAGUGUGAGAGAGAGAUUUCUUUCAACAUUGGAGCAGCUGGGGUUGGAACCACUACGUGUUGAUCUUCUGCCUCUAAUUUUACUCAAUUACGAUCAUAUGCAAGCAUAUUCUCUCAUGGACAUUAGUUUGGAUACUUUUCCUUAUGCUGGAACAACCACAACAUGUGAAUCUUUAUAUAUGGGCGUUCCAUGUGUUACUAUGGCUGGUUCAGUACAUGCACACAAUGUCGGUGUUAGUAUUCUCAGCACAGUGGGAUUGGGAAACCUUAUUGCUAAAAAUGAGGAAGAAUAUGUUCAGUUGGCUGUGCAGUUGGCCUCUGACAUAACAGCACUUUCAAAUCUGAGGAUGAGUCUGCGAGACCUCAUGUCCAGGUCGCCUGUCUGUGAUGGACCAAAGUUUACCCUUGGGCUGGAGUCGGCAUACAGGAACAUGUGGCGCAGGUACUGCAAAGGUGAUGUGCCAUCACAACGGCACAUGGAAAUACUACAACAGGAGGUAACCCCUGAAGAGCCAACUACCAAAAUUGCUGAACUAAUAAGGAUUUCCGAAUCAGGUUUUCCUGCAUCGAUUAAGUCCAAUGGAUUUAAUCCUUGUCCAACACCUAUGCCUAAUCUCUCUUCUAGUGAAGAAAAUGGAGUCUGAUAGCACACUUCUGAGGCAUUUAUAUGAAGAUUUGUUUGAUUUAGCACCAUAUUGCUUUCUUGGUGAUUUGAUAUCCCAAGGAUUUAAUCAUGGCUGCUUCGGUCGAAGGAGUCCAGUGGUUAACUGAUCAUACUGAUUGAGGCGGCCACACUAUUUUUCUUUCCUUAGGAUCACAUUUUUCGGGGAAGAACUGCUGGCAGUAUUCAGGGUCAAUAUAUUUAGUUGCGCUAGAAAGGAGGGACAUAGUUAUGCUAGCUGUGCCAGAUUUUUCCCUGCCCAUAGAGUUGCGGUGACUUGUAAAUUGUAAAAUAUUUUCUGUUUUUUGCAAGAGCGCUUGUUGAUUUUUAAACAGCAUAGUUGAUCAAAUUUCCAGGUAAUUUCCUGGGUUUUGAUUACAAUGUAAUACUGUCAAUGGACUUGUAUGAUUCAGUUUGUUUGAUUGCAGGAGGCAUCGAAUACUGAUUACAAGUCACAGCAUUGUUUACCAGAUUAAAUGUAGUGCUGUUUUUGUUUGCAGAGUAAUAUUAAUUCCCUAUAUCUUUGAAGUUGAUAA